GGGCAGAUAAUGCUUAUGGAACUAUUGGAUAAACGACUUCUAGUGAAGGCAGCCAUUGCUCCUAAAACUCAUGAGGCCCACUUUUUACUUAACCCUGCCAGUGUUGGCCAACAUUCUGACCGGGUGUGCAGCCUACACUUUGAGGAGCUCCGUCUCCUGGGCAGUCUCCUCCAACCACGUAGAGGCCGACCUGUCGGAAGAAGUCGCCCCGUCUCUGCUGGUGGACGGCGGCGGGCUGUGGAAGCAGGCGUAUCCGGCAGGCAUAGAUGAGACUCCCGGGGAGAAAGUGGAGCCAGAGGGCGACUCCAGUGCGGGGGCGCAGAGCCCCGCUCGCCUUUUUUCCUAUCGGACGGAGAAGGUGCAGGUGGGGAGGGGUGGUCCUCCACCGCACCAGGAAACGGCGAGAACGGCCAGAUACAUCGCUCACAGCAGCGACUGGGGUUCCCUGGCCACCAUUUCUAGCCAAGACAAGAUCAAAGGUCUUCCUUUUGGGAACAUUUUCUCCGUCAGUGAUGGACCACCGGACAACAGCACAGGCGUCAUCUAUUUUUACAUGACACCUAUGGACAACACAGUAACCGACCUGAAAAGAAACCCUUAUGCUUCCAUCACUUUCUCAGAGGCUGAGAGUGAUUUCUGCAGACAAAUGAUCUACGAGGCAGAGGACCCCAGAUGUGCUCGACUCACGCUUACAGGCAAGAUGGUGGAGGUGGCCCCAGAGGAGCUGGCCUUUGCCAAGGAGGCCAUGUUCUCCAGGCAUCCGGUGAUGGCAAAGUGGCCCGUGGGACACAAGUGGUUCUUCAUGAAGCUGGAGCUGAUCCAAGUGUGGCUGCAGGACUGGAUAGGAGGCACGUUGCUCAUUCCUCUAGAAGAAUACUUUAAAGCUUCCCCUUUUUAAGAUUCGACGCAUUAUGAAUUCUCAUCUAAGGUACACGAAUCCAAGUCUGUCAAAUUUUCAAUUUAUUGUGCUAUGGUGAAGGUCGCCAGAAUGUAAAAUGGAAGUACAAGUAGGAAGGGAUGCUGGAACCAGAAAGGAUACAAAAUAAUAUAUGUAUCCAAAUCAUGUUACAGGAAUGCAUCAUUAUUUUUAAUAGUCGCUCUGCGUUGGAUUUUGUAUUAAAAUCAUUACAAAUGAAGGAGUCCGAAUACGCUCGUAAAUGUAAAAUGUCGAUGUUGCAACCUGCAGCAUAUUUUUUCGACACCAUCAUUUGACGCAAUUUUCAACAUCCGCAAAAUAUUAUACGCCUCAAUACAAGCUAAGAAAUGUGAAUUUAUUAGCUUUGGGUGGAUUUGAGAGUGACUGCUUCACCUGGAACAAUUGGAGAAUGUAACCUAUGCGCGAAAUAAAAACACAAUGUAAUUCUUUCAUUAUCGCAAGACUCCAAAAAUAAACCUCAUAUAGCACAACCCAGCGAUACUUUGCUUCCCCCAUUGGAAAUAAUGGAGAUAUACAGUAUACAUAAUAAGUCCAAAUGAAACUUUGGGCGCCCUCAUUCGAAAGGAAACCGCAACCAAAUUUGCACAAUAGCGUUCGGCUGGUUUUGUAGUACAUCAAAUGGUCACUGUGUGGCGCCACAGGACACUAGUCCCUGUCACGCGUCGCUUGUUGGAAAAUAAAGGUUGCGCUUGGUCACACAA